AUGGCUAUGGGGAGGAGGAACUGCACCUUGUGUGGUGGGAAUGGGCAUAAUCAAAGAACGUGUAUUGAGAAAGGCAAAAGCAUCAAAUUAUUUGGUGUGGAGAUCACUACUUCUACUGUUGCUGCAAUGUCUAAGAUAGGAAGAAAAAUCAAGAAAGGAAAUCCAUGGACAGAGGAUGAACAAAUAACAUUCUUGAAAAGAUUGGAGUUUCAUGGGAAAGGUAAUUGGGCUAAAAUUGCGAAGGAUUUCUUGCCUAGUAGAACAUCAACACAAAUUGCUAGUCAUGCUCAGAAGCACUUCAUGAGAUUGGAUGCUAAUUCCAAUGAGAGAAAAUAUCGCAAGAAGUCAAGUGUUUUUGACCUUCAUCUUGAAAAAACAGAGGACAGGGAACAUGCUAUUGUUCCAGUGGAAACUCAUCAUGUUCCAAGUUUUCUUUCCAAUUACAAUAUGAUGAAAGUCCCAACAGUUCCCGAAGUAAUGCCUGUUACUUGGGUUUACAUGUAUCCAUAUCAUCAGUACGCCUCAACAUCCGCCAGCGCUACUACAUUCGACAACUCCGUCUCUGGGAUUUCUUCUUCUUCUAAGGAUAAUUUGGAGUUAACCUUAUAG